AUGAGUUCCCUAAAAGAUUGUAAACUUUCGAAAUCUAAACGAGAAGAAUUAAAAGCACUUAAUAAUGCUGGGAAAACUCCACGACGAGUUAAAGUAUAUCUACUAAAUGGAGAUGAUUGGAUAGAUAAUGGUACGGGGUUUUGUGUGGGAGAAAUAGAUGAUGACACCAAACUACCUUAUUUUCUUGUCCGUAAUGAAACUGAUAACAAUAAUAUCAUACUAAAAUCAUUUCUUGAAGGGUCUAUACAAUAUCAAAGACAACAAGAAACAUUAAUUGUUUGGACCGAUUCCAAUGGGACUGAUUUAGCAUUAUCAUUUCAAGAAACUGAAGGAUGUGCUGAUUUAUGUGAUUUUAUAAUACGCGUACAACAAGGAAAUAUAAGUCCCGGAAUUUCCUUAUAUUAUGUGAUACCUAAUAUUAAUGAAGGCGAUGAUAUUACUGAAUUAAUAACGGGGCCCAUAAGAUAUCCUCCGGAAAUCCCUAAUGUGGAAAAUCUAGAUGUAGUGUUAGAAACUAUAAAUCAAGGGACUAAUGCUCAAUUUACAAGAACAAAUAUUCUGGAAUUUAUUAUUGAAAAUGAUUAUUUCACUAAAUUAAUAAAUGUAUUUAAUGAAGCAGAAAAUAAUGAAAAUGCCAAUGUAUUAUAUAAUGUCAGUGAUAUUGUUAAAUCAUUAUUUCUUUAUAAUGAAUCCCUGAUUAUAGAAUACAUAUUAUCAUCAGAAGAGAAAAUUUUGGGGUUAGUAGGAAUAUUAGAAUAUGAUUCAGAAUAUCCAAAUUAUAAGGCUUCACAUAGAAAUUUCCUUGCUAGUCAAUCAUAUAUUAAAGUUAUCCCCGUCGAAAAUAUUGAAAUUUUUAAACGAGAUUUUUAUUUAAAUUAUUUGAAAGAUGUUGUAUUGGCAAGAUUUUUAGAUGAUUCUACAUUUAAUUUGAUAGCGUCUUUGAUUUAUUCUAAUCAUUUGGAAAUUUUCAAUUAUAUUAAAGAUUCAGAAAUUCUUGAACAUUUAUUCAGCAUUUAUGAUAAUUGUAACGAUGAGAAAAACGAAUGCAAUAGUAUUGAUAACGAUGAUGACAAUGAUGAUGAUAAUAUCAAAAUGAAACAACGAGAUGGAGUGAAAAUGUUACAUCAAUAUGUAUUAAUUGCUAAAUCACUGCGUAAACAUGAUUUUUUUGCACUGUUGGUUAAACAUGGAUUAUUAAAAAUGAUAAAUUUUGCAUUAAAUGAUAAACAAGAUCAAAUAAGAGUUUUAGGAACAGAAUUAAUUGUGAUAAUAAUUGAACAAGAUGUUUCACUUGUUAAUUCUAUUGAUCAUGAAGAAACUACAACUACAAUUGAUAAUUCCGAUCCUCCUAUUCUUGAAGAAUUAGUUCAUAACAAUAAAGCUACACCACAAGAAAUAGUAGAAGAAGAAGAAGAAGAUAUACCAUCAAUUACACCAAAAGAAGGUAAAUUAAGAUUAUCUGAUGAUAUGACAUUAAUAUCAAUAUUAAGUAAAUUACUUGUCGAAGAUAAAAAUAUUGGAUUAAAAAUGCAAGCAUUUGAAGCUUUAAAAACAUUAUUAGAUCCAAAUAUUGCUGCUAGUAGUAGUGGUGGUAGUAAUGGAUUAAGUCCCACCACCAUGGGAGGUAUGGGAACCCCUAAUGGGUCAGGGUCAGGGUCAAAUUCAAAUUCCUUAUUUAAUUCAUCCAAUGCCAAUGCCAACGCCAAUGCCAACACAAAUACCAAUACCAAUUCAGUUAACAAAUCAAUAGGUAUUAAUACUAACAAUAUUGAAGAAUUCAAAUUUACUAGUGAAGAAUUCCAAGAAAUAAAUACUAGUACUUAUUUCAGAGCUUUUUAUGAGCAAGUUGCUCCCAAAUUAUUUGAAAAAUUAAUCAUACUAGCCAAUCACAACCUAGAAUCAAAACAAUUACAAAUUAAUACUAAACAUGAAGAAUUAUUAUAUCAAUUAUUAUGUGAAUUGAUAUCAUUUUGUACAUUAGAACAUAAAAUGAUAUCAUUAUCUUCAUUAUCCUCCUCCUCCUUUUCAUCAUCGUCUUUAUCAUCACGAUCAUUUUUCAUUGAAAAUCAUAUUCCAUUAGGAAUUGCCAAAUUAUUAAUCAUUGAUGAUUGUAAACCAAUAUUAAAAUUAACAUCAAUUCGAUGUUUAAAAAAUUUGAUUUUAUUAAAUGAUGAAUUUUAUACAAGAUAUUUUAUAAAUCAUGAUUUAUGGUUUUAUUUUUUCAAAUUUUUCAAUAAUGUAAUUGAUGAAAAUAAUUUAGCUAAUUCAACUUGUUUAGAUUUUAUUGAAAUUGUUAUUAAAGGUUGUGAUAUUGGUUUAAACAACAACAACAACAAUAAUAAUAAUAAUAAUAGUAAAAGAUCAAAUUAUAUCUUAUUGGCAAAACAUAUUUAUAAAAAAUAUGGUGAAUUUAUCGAAAAGAAAUUGAAUUAUGUUGAUACAGGGAAAAGAUUGAUUGAUUUAGUAACUCAUUCCCUUAAUAGUAAUAGUAAUAGUAAUGUUAACAAAUUAAAUGGUGGACAAACUUUCAAUGAAAACAACAACAACAACAACAAAGAGGAAUAUGAUGAAGACGAUAAUGAAUACGACAAUGAAAAUGAAGAUUCUGAUGAAAAUAUUGCUACAAAUACUGAUGAUUUAGGUUUAUCUGAAGAUGAAAUGCUACCACAUAACGCAUCAACACCUUUAAAUGAUGAAGAAGAUGAAGCAGAACAAGAAGGGACAAGGUUGUAUACCGAUGUUACUGAAGAAAUAAGAAUUAGUGAAAAGAAACGACCAAGAGAAGAAUCAGAUGAAAUUAAACCAACACCAAUAAUUGACAAUGCUACUACUACUACUACUACUACAACUAUUACAACCACUACAGCUGCUAGUAAUUCUAAUGACAAUUUCAAUGGUACAAAAAAAAUUGCUUUAACUACAACUUCGGAUAAUCAACUGUGA